AUGAUCUCUUCACGACUUGUACUGCUAGUGUCGACGUUGAUAGCAUUCGCAUCUUCGCAAACGUUGUCGUCUAGCGAUGGCUACACCGGUUACUCACUCUCUGUAAGCGGCGACGGGGAGUCAGCCGUAUACGAGACGGACAAUACCGACACAUCCAACGGAGCCGCGACCACUCCGCCUGAUGUCUUCCUCAAUGCAAGCGUUUCAGUUGGAGAAAUCGACAUCACUGUGUCCAAUCUCACAGCCAAAAUCAAUCUCGACGCGCAAGUCCUUUCGCUCCUGCAAUUCAAUGCCGGCGUUGACCUGAGCAUCAAUCGGGUUCAAUUGACAAUCCAAAAUGUAUCGGCCCGGGUUGAGCUUGAGGCCAGGCUUGAGAAUCUAGUAAUAAUGAUCAACGACACGCUCAACUCCAUCGAUCUGAACCCCAUCAUUGCAACAUUGGGCUCGGAUGUUGGCACAUUAGUCAAUGACACCCUUGGUGGAGGUAGUACUUCGACCUCGAGUUCAAGCGACUUAUCUGCUCGCGGGUUUGACCUCGAACAGGGGAUUCUGUUUUCUGUCAACAACUACCAGGGGAAUACCCAUAAGAACAGGAUCCUGGACCAAGCCGGAAAUAUUGUCGACCAGUCGUUACAUAACGACGGGCAGGUUUACCAGUCAGAAGUCGUCGGGUCGUACUGGCAUGACAUGACGUUCACCGGCAGCGAGAAGAGUGUGGUCCUCAAUGGUGAAAAUGUUCGCGAACUCGAAUAUUCGUACACUCCUUACAACGGACUGAGUAUCAUAGCUGCAAUUUUCCUCGAUACGCAGAGUAACGUGGUGGGGACCAAAGUACUCAGCGAACUUGAAGGUGGAGGAUCAAGCACUAUCAGUGAUGAUUGA